UUUCUCUCUGUCGCGUGGUCCGGAGUAGCACGAAUUUUCGGGGUUCCGGAAGAAACGUGGUAAUUUCGGGCGUUUUAUCGGGGACGAUCGUAUCGUCAAUUGUACGCGUGUCGCGUGUCGUUUUGUAGUGUCGCGCGGAAUCAUAAAUUGGCGGGAGCGCGCGACGAUGAUUUUCGCGCCGUGCCGGCUUUCGGUCGAGUCGCGCGACACGAUUCCUCCAUGUAACCCGCUGUAACCACGUGCUUUGAAUAUCCUGUCGGCCGUUACAGUCGACUCGCUCUCGCUCUCGCGCGCCAGGAAGCGUUUUCUUCGCGACGCGACUCGGCGCGUCCGACGUUUUCGAUUUCACGGACUCGCCUUUCUCGGCCGACGAUUAAGAUCGCCGCUGUUACACGAAACACGCAAUUAUUUUGCGCAGCGAGCGCGACAGGGGACCGUGAACGUUUCGUCGCGUCGAAUAAAGAAAGGUAUGCCGGAAUGAUCGAAUUCGUGGACGGCUGGUUUUUUGGCCAUACCCUGGGCGAAGGAGCCUACGGCGAGGUCAGACUAGUUGUAAACAAAUCUACAGGCGAAGUUGUCGCUAUGAAAAUGAUUGACAUAGAGAAACAUCAAGAUGCGAGUCAAACAGUUCGUAAGGAAACUGCUAUUCAUCGUAUGUUGUCGCAUCCUAAUAUAAUACAAUACUUUGGGAAGCGCAGUGAGCCUAACAUGGAAUAUAUAUUUUUACAAUAUGCCUCGGGUGGAGAGUUAUUUGACAGAAUUGAACCUGAUAUCGGUAUGCCAGUAUGGGAAGCGCAAAAGUAUUUUAGACAAUUAAUUUCUGGAGUAGAGUAUCUACAUAGUCGAGGAGUUACGCACAGAGAUCUUAAACCAGAGAAUUUACUUUUAGACGAUAAUGACAAUUUAAAGAUCAGUGACUUUGGAUUAGCAACAAUAUUCAGUAUGCAAGGGAAAGAACGUUUAUUGGAAAAAAAAUGUGGAACAUUACCUUAUGUUGCACCAGAAGUACUAGUAAGAUCGUAUCAUGCUGAACCUGCAGAUGUAUGGUCUUGUGGAAUCAUCCUUGUGGCUUUAUUAGCUGGAGAACUGCCGUGGGAUCAACCCUUGGCAGAGUGUCCUGAAUAUGUUGCAUGGAAAGAACGGAAAUAUAUGUCUCUUACACCAUGGAAGAAAUUGGACAAUUCGUCAUUAUCGUUAAUUAGAAAAAUUCUUGUGGAUUCACCAUCAAUGAGAUACAAAAUAUCAGACAUUAAACACCAUAGAUGGUUUGUCACGAGCUUUGUUAAAGGUGAUGAGGUAGAUGCACGAAGUCACUUGAAUCUAGCAUCUACAGAGGACGAAAGUUUAAGAAAUGUUUGCUUGUCACAACCUGAAUUCCCUCGAACGGAUAAUUGUAAUACAAUUCAAUUCAAUUUAGAUGAGCGGCCAGCGUUUUCAUUUUCUCAACCUGCUCAUAUGGAAGAUCUUUUAUUAUGUACGCAAUUACAAGCACUUACACAGCCCAGUCAGCAAAAUUCUUUCCAAAGAUUAGUCCGCCGAAUGACUAGAUUCUUUGUUAAGAUAGAAUGUGAGGAUAUUAUAAAGAGGCUAAUAAGAUAUUGCGAGAAGGAAAAUUAUGUUUAUCGCCUUAACGAAUUUGGUGUGCUCACAAUAUCAACGAUAGAUCGGCGAAAAAUGCCACUCGUGUUUAAAACAAAUUUUAUAGAAAUGGAUGGAAAUGUUUUAGUCGAUUUCCGCUUGUCUAAAGGAUGCGGUUUGGAAUUUAAAAGAGUGUUUAUUAAGAUUAGAUACGCAAUGGAAGAUAUUAUUGUAAAGAGUUCUGUGGCAUGUUCGAAGAACCAGUAGUGGUGAUAGAUUUAUCAUAAAUAUAGGAGCAUGUAAUAAUUUUUGUAUUCAAU